AUGUCGAUGAUUGGAUCUAUCGCCACGUUUGACGGCAAUAUUGAGGAUUGGGGAACAUAUGUUGAAAGAGUGGAACUGUAUUGUAAUGCUAAUGCAGUUGCAGAUGAUAAAAAAGUGGCUGUUUUGCUGAGUGUUAUGGGUGCAAAAACGUACGGAUUGCUUCGUAGCCUGUUAACCCCUGAAAAACCAGCGGAUGAAACUUUCAAAGAAAUCGUGGACAUUUUACAUGAACAUUUGAACCCCAAACCCCUAGUAAUUGCAGAAAGGUUUAGAUUUCAUAAGCGAAAUCAAGCCAAGGGAGAAAGUAUUCCCGAAUAUAUGGCAGAACUGCGUAGAUUGUCUCAGCAUUGUCAGUUUGGGGCUGGAUUGGCAGACGCACUGAGAGACAGACUCGUAUGUGGAAUGCAUAAUGAGAGCACACAAAAAAGAUUGCUGACAGAAAAGGACCUGACAUUAGAACGUGCAUUGAACAUUGCAGUAUCAAUGGAGACAGCAGCAAAAGAUGCAUUAGAAUUGCAGCAAAAAGCAAUAGAAUGUGCAGCAAAUAAAAUGUCACUGAAACCAGAGAAAAAGCAAAAAUGUCUUCGUUGUGGGAAAAUGUCUCAUGAUGAAAAUGAUUGUUGGUUCAAGGAUAAGGAGUGCAGAAAGUGUCAUAAAAAGGGGCACAUUGAGAGAGUUUGUAAAACAGUCAAAUGGAAGAUGCACAAAGACAAAACCCAUAAAGUGAAACGUAAAGCCACUAAUGUGCAUAAGGUGACUGAAAAUGAAACAAAUACAAGCUCAGAUACUGAUGACCUUUCCUGUCUUGAACUAUACAAAAUUAACGAUGCAGAUCGUAAAGUCAUUUGGCUCACUCCAGAAGUGUCAGGAGUUAAACUUAAAAUGGAGUUAGAUACUGGAUCUGCUUUAUCUGUUAUCUCCACAACUGAUUACAAGCGAUUGUUCCCAGAAAUACCGCUGCAACAGACAUCAGUGAUAUUAAAGACAUAUACUGGUGAAAAAGGGAAACUAAAAGUAAAUGUAAAGUACAAUGAGAACAUGCAGCAGUUGGAUCUGUACGUCCUGGAGAAUGGGGGUCCAGCAUUAUUUGGACGUGAAUGGUUGAGGAAAAUACCAUUAGACUGGCAUACCAUAAAAAGCUUGAACAUGCCAUCUCAAGUCACUAACAAAGACACACAAAACACUCUUGCUCAGAUUCUUGAAAAUGCUGCACCAGUGUUUCAGAAAGGGAUUGGAACGCUCAAAGGCAUAAAAGCAAGGCUUGAACUGAAAGCGGACACUACUCCCAAAUUCCUAAAGGCUCGUCCACUACCCUAUGCACUUCGUCCGAAGGUGGAGACAGAGCUUGACAACUUGGAGAAAACGGGCAUCUUAAGAAAGGUGGAGAGAAGUGAGUGGGCAACACCCAUAGUCCCAGUGAUAAAAAAAGACAAGACAGAGAGUGUGCGAAUUUGUGGGGACUUUAAAGUAACUGUCAAUCCUGUUCUUCACACAGUACAGUAUCCCCUGCCACGCAUCGAAGAUAUAUUUGCAUCUCUGUCUGGUGGAGAAUGCUUCACAAAAAUUGACCUUGCUCAAGCCUACCUCCAAAUGGAGAUGGAGGACAAUUCUAAGGAAUUGGUGACCAUUAACACACAUAAAGGGCUCUACCAGUACAAUCGUCUUGUUUUUGGAAUUGCAACAGCCCCAGCUUUGUGGCAGAAGGCAAUGGAUCAAGUGUUACAGGAUAUUCCAGGAACACAGUGUUACCUGGACGAUAUCAUUGUGACAGGUAAAGAUGACACAGAACACCUACAUAAUCUACAACAGGUGCUGAUUCGACUCAGUGAAUAUGGACUAAGAGCAAAUAAAGAAAAAUGUGAGUUCUUCAAAAAACAGAUCUCUUACUGCGGCCAUGUGAUCGACAAAGAUGGUCUCCACAAGUCACAGGAUAAAAUUGAAGCUGUGUUAAAUGCACCACGGCCGCAAAAUGUGUCUCAGCUCCGAUCAUAUCUAGGACUUGUGAACUACUACCACAAGUUCCUUCCGAACAUUUCUACUGUGCUACAUCCUUUAAAUGCAUUGUUACAGACAAAAACACAAUGGAAUUGGACAGAAAGUUGCACGCAAGCUUUUGAAGAGACAAAAAGACUCAUAACCUCUGAUGUAGUGCUUGCACACUUCAACCCAUCUAUACCUAUCAAACUUGCAUGUGAUGCAUCACCAUAUGGAAUUGGAGCUGUGCUGUCACAUAAGUUACCAGAUGGCACAGAAAAACCUAUAGCCUUCGCAUCCAGAUCAUUAACAGUAGCAGAACGUAAUUAUGCACAAAUAGACAGAGAAGCACUCAGCCUUGUCUGGGGUGUAAAAAAAUUCCAUCAUUACCUGUAUGGUCAAAAAUUCACACUGGUCACAGACCAUCAGCCCCUGGUCUCAAUCUUCAACUGUAGGAAGGGUGUGUCAGCGAUGACUUCAGCACGGCUGCAGCGAUGGUCACUUUUCUUAGGUGCUCACCAAUAUGACAUUGAGUACAAAAGCACCAAACUACACAGUAAUGCUGACGGCUUAUCACGCCUACCACUGAAGAUGACAGAGAGGUCAGACACUGUGGAUCCAGCUGAUGUAUUCCAUACUACAAUUGUGAGCCAGCUACCUGUAACAAAUGCACAGAUUCAGAAAGAGACCUGCAAUGACCCAACACUGUCUAAGAUCUAUGAAAUCACUGUCAGAGGAUGGCCAACACACGGAAACUCACUCUAUCCAGCAUUUUCAUCGAGGAGAGACCAACUAUCUGUGUGCCAAGGAACCUUAAUGUGUGGGUUACGAGUUGUGAUUCCAUCCAAAUUGCGGAGCAAAAUGCUAGAAACUCUGCAUGAGGGACAUUUGGGAACUGUAAAAAUGAAAAACCUGGCACGCAGUUAUAUGUGGUGGCCAGGGAUUGACAAACAGAUCGAGGAUUUGACAAAGGCUUGCCCUGGAUGUCAAAAGGUUCAAAACUCACCACCGCUAGCUCUUCUUCAUCCCUGGGAAUGGCCUUCAACACCAUGGCAAAGAGUACACAUCGAUUUUGCCGGGCCUUUCAAAGACUCCAUGUUUCUAAUUGCCGUGGAUGCACACUCUAAGUGGCCCGAAGUUCUUCCAAUGAAAACAACCACAUCAGAAAAGACUGUUUCUGUACUGAGAACAAUAUUUGCUAGGAACGGGUUGCCAGAGCAGAUAUGCACUGACAAUGGACGACAGUUCGUGUCAGAUGAGUUUCAAAAAUUCAUGAAGCAGAACGGCAUCAAACACAUCACAUCCGCGCCAUACCACCCUGCCACAAACGGCUUGGCUGAAAGAUUCGUACAGACCUUUAAAAAGGCGAUGAAAGCGAUGGAUAAUGACAUUAUUCCUCUACAACACAAGAUAGACAACUUUUUAUUCAUGUACAGAAGUGCAGUACACGCCACCACUGGUCAAACUCCUGCAAUGAUGUUCCUCAGGAGGAACUUGCGCUCUCGCUUGGACCUAAUCAAACCUAAUGUGAGGCGAUAUGUCGAAAACAAACAAUUUGCACACAUGAAGGACAGGCCUACAAGUACCUUCCAGGUGGGCCAAGAUGUCUUAGCACGAGAUUACAGGACAGAGAAGUGGCAACCAGGUACAAUUACCACUAGAACAGGACCCUUGUCAUACACAGUGAAGGUCGGCGACAACACCUGGAGACGUCAUGCAGAACAGUUAGUGGACUGUCAAGUGAAAUCUGCUAUUGCCCCUCUUUCUGAUUCUAAUAAAGAGGAUGAUGCUGUUGACAUUGUUACUUCUGCUUCAGUUGAAGUGAAUAGCGCUGACCAGCAUGAAGACACGUCUGAGGUGACAAAUUCAGUUGUGUCUGAAUCACAGUUAAGUUCACAGAGACGCUACCCUGACAGAUGCAGGAAACCUCCACAGAGACUUGAUUUGUAG